CGCUGUUGCUGGUGUUGGCCUCUACUCUGUAUCAUCUUCACCUUCAACUUGAAAGUGGAGAGGAUUUGUCAUUACUGCACCAUGUUCAAAUAGCAAAGGCAACCUGAUACACUCAUUCUCUUCUUUCCCAGCAUUGUUGUUUUGCUUGAUAUAUUUCAUGUCCAUUCUCAACCCCACCUGAAAGAAAGGAGUACAGGUAUAUGGCUGAAGAUAUUGUGACCUCUGUUGCCUCUCUGAUUCGAGAGGGGUUGUUGGAACCGAUUGGACGUCAGCUUUAUUAUCUUGUUCAGUUCAACAAAAAUGUUCAGGACUUAAGGGAGCAAGUUGACAAGUUAGAGAGUGUGAAAUAUAAGGUACAACUAUCCAUUGAUACAGCACAAAGAAAGGGGGAACAUAUAAAACUGGAGGCUGAGAAGUGGCUAACGAAUGUGGAAAAGGUCACUGAAGAUGCAAGGAAGUUGGAAGACAAUGUAAAGAAGAGGUGCUUUAAUGGGUGGUGCCCUGAUUGGAGUUCUCGUUGCUGGUUAAGCAAGGAACUGUCUAGGAAGUCUAUCAUCAUUUCUGAGCUCCAUGAAGAUGGAAAUUUUAGUGAAGUAUCAUACCCUGCUCCUUCUCCAGGGAUAGAGUCCUUACCCUCUGGAGAUUUCCAGACUUUUGAAUCAACAAAGUCAACCAUGAAUCAAAUCAUUGAAUUAUUGAAGUGUGAUGACAGCCAUACUGUAUGUGUAUAUGGUAUGGGAGGCAUAGGCAAGACAACCUUGGUGAAAGAAGUUGGCAAGAAGACCAAAGAAGAAAAGCUUUUUGAUGAAGUUGUAACUGCAGUUGUUUCUCAGGCUCCAGACUUAAUAAAGAUUCAAGGAGAAAUAGCAGACACAUUGGGUCUGGAAUUCAAAAGAAAGACAGUAACUGGAAGAGCAAGUCAGCUUUGUGAAAGACUAAAGAUGGAGAAGAGGAUCCUAAUAAUCUUGGAUGAUGUCUGGAAGAUACUUGACUUGGCAGCCAUAGGAAUUCCCCAUGGGGUUGAUCACAAGGGAUGCAAAAUUCUUCUCACUACACGUCUUGAACAUGUAUGUAAUGUAAUGGGAGGCCAAGCGACAAAGCUUCUUUUACAUAUCUUAGAUGAACAAGAAUCAUGGGCCUUGUUUAGAUCAAAUGCUGGUGCGAUUGUUGAUUCCCCUGCUGUUAAUGCCAUGGCAAUGGAAGUUGCUAAGAAGUGUGGGGGAUUGCCCCUAACACUUGUAACAGUAGGAAAGGCUCUAAUUGAUAAAGACCUAGAUGGAUGGCAAGAAGCAGCCAAGCAACUUCAGGAGCAUAAACCUAUGAACAUUCAAGACAUGGAUGCAAACAUUUUUUCUUGUCUGAAGCUCAGUUUUGAUCAUCUCCGAGGAGAGGAAAUCACCUUGAUCUUCUUGCUAUGCUGUCUAUUUCCAGCAGAUUGUGAUAUUGAAGUGGAGUAUUUAACAAGGCUUGGAAUGGGGCAGGGAUGCUUUAAGGACAUUGCAACAGUAGAUGAAGCAAGGAGACGGGUACGUACACUGAUCAAUGGCCUUAAAUCCUCUAGUCUAUUAAUGGAGAGUGAUAAAUGUCAAGGGUGUGUGAAAAUUCAUGAUCUUGUCCGGGCCUUUGCCAUAUCAAUCACAUGUGCAGACCAGUACCGAUUCAUGAUAAAAUCAGGGGAUGGAUUGAAGAAUUGGCCAAAGAAAGACACGUUUGAACAUUAUGCAGUGAUCUCAUUGAUGGCCAACUACAUUUCUAGUCUUCCUGUUGGGUUGGAAUGUCCUAGACUUCAUACUUUAUUGCUGGGGAGCAACCAGGGCUUAAAAUUUUUUCCUGAUGCGUUCUUUGAGGGGAUGAAAGCACUUAGGGUUCUGGAUGUAGGUGGAGUUCGUGAAAUAUUUUACAAUCAUUCUCUUCAUGUCACACCACUACCAACAUCAAUCCAACUCCUUGCAGACCUCAGGAUGCUUCACCUUCAUCAUCGUAAGUUAGGUGACAUAUCUAUACUUGGAAAGCUAAAGAAACUUGAGAUCCUUAGCCUUUUUGCUUCAUGUAUCAAAGAGUUGCCGAAGGAAAUUGGAGAACUGAAGAGUCUAAGGUUGUUGGAUCUUACCUACUGUCGAUCACUAAAGAAAAUUCCACCAAACUUGAUAUCAGGUCUAUCAGGAUUGGAAGAACUAUACAUGAGAGGAAGCUUUCAACAAUGGGAUGUUUGUGGAGCAACCAAGGAGAGAAGGAAUGUGUGCUUAACUGAGCUUAAAUCACUACCCUACUUGACCAUUUUGCAUGUUGAGAUAUUCAGUUCCAAGUGUCUUCCAAAAGACUUCCUAUUGCCAACUUUGUCGCGGUUUCAAAUAUACAUAGGCUCCAAGUUAUCUUUCACAAUAUUCACAAAGAAGUUGAAAUAUGAUUAUCCAACUUCAAGAACCCUGGAACUUAAAGGCAUUGAUAGCCCCAUACCAGUUGGGGUUAAGGAAUUGUUUGAGAGAACAGAGGAUCUGUCUUUGAUCAGCUUGGAAGAAGGUUCUCGCAAUAUUCUCCCCCACUUGGGUUCCGAGGGUUUGAAUGGAUUGGUGUCUUUGAGUGUUAGGCACUGUCAUGAGUUUGAAUGUAUCACCAAUACGGUGCAAGGAGUUCAGGUAGUUGCAUUCCCUAAUUUGGAAACAUUGCAUCUAACCCAACUCAGUUGCCUGAGAGUGGUCUGCAUUGGCAUCCUUCCAAGGGGGUCCUUCAGAAAAUUAAGAGCCCUAACCGUGGAACACUGUGACAGAUUGUCCACUCUCUUUCCAGCCGAUCUGCUGCAAAUGUUACAGAAUGUGGAAAGAGUGAGAAUCAGUUGGUGUCAGGAAAUGCAAGAGGUAUUUCAACUUGGGGGCAUUCUGAUAGGGGAAGAAUGUGUCAUGCCACUCUCUUCUUUAAGAGUAUUGCAACUGAAUGCCUUGCCUCAACUGGGGUAUGUAUGGAAGGGGUUCGAUCCCCAUUUAAGUCUCCAUAACCUUGAAGUUCUUGAAAUUCAAAGCUGUAACAGAUUAAGAAAUCUCUUUCAACCCUCCAUGGCUCUGAGCUUGUCCAAACUGGAAUACUUCAACAUAUUAGACUGCACAGAGCUGGAGCAAAUUGUAGCAGACGAGGAUGAGUUGGAACAUGAACUGUCAAACAUUCAGGUUGAGAAACCUUUUCUCGCUCUCCCAAAGCUGAAAGUUCUAAAAGUAAAAGGUUGCAAGAAAUUGAAGAGUCUCUUUUCAGUUAGCACUGCCCAAAGCCUUCUGCAACUGAAACAAGUCAAAGUAAGUGGGUGUAAAGAACUAAAGGAAAUUGUAAGCUGUAAGGAAGGAGAAUUAUCAGGAGUGGACAAGAUUGUGCUCCCUCAGUUAAGCAGUCUGAAGCUAAAAUCUCUACCAGUGCUCGAGAGCUUCUGUAUGGGGAACAUUCCAUUUGAAUGGCCAUCACUUGAAAAAAUGGUCCUGAAGAAAUGCCCCAAAAUGACCACUUUUGCUGUAGCUGCUUCUGAUGUAGUAAAUCACACCCCUAAAUUAAAGAAGAUCCGGGUUGAUGGUAAAAUGAUUGACAACCAUACUGAUCUGAAUAUGGCCAUCAAUCACCUCUUUAAAGGAAAGGAAAUGGAGUUGGAUGUGAAAGCUACCCCAAGUGAGAUUGUUGUGGAUUCCUAGAAGGCCAAACUGCAAUAAGAUGACACAAGUUGAAGUAUUUAUAAUCUAUGUAUCAAUCUUGCUGCUUAUGGGAACCAGUAAUGUUAUAUGCAAUUCUGAAGGGGCAGCAAGGGCCAUUAUCUUCCACAGUAUGGGCUUCCUUUCUCUGCUAUGCUCUGUUUGUACUGGUGAUUUGCUGUGUUGCAUUCAGGUGUGUGUGUUUGUAAUGUGUUUGCCAACUGGCUGUCAAGUGCUUUGGCAUUUGAAAGUAUGCGGUCAACAAUAAUCUUUGGUUAAUUUUCUCUUUUUUGGUUUGGUUGUGUGUUUAAUCCUUCAUAACCUUCUGUAAUAAUUCAACUAAGCGGACAAAUUUCUCA